AUGGUAUGAAGGAUUUUCCAGCUCUCAAGGCUGUCCAGCCAGAUGACGAGGGGGAAAAAAAGGGGAAUUGCUCAGGGCUUUGGGUAUCCUAUCUAUGAAUCCACCAUUUGACCACGCCCACCUCUCCGUCCCUGUGUCUCACCAACCCCCAACCCUGCAGAAGGAAGGGCUAUUUAAGGGCAGAUGAAGUUCAGGAAAAACAAGACAGGCCCUUGAAGAAGAAGCUGCGGCAUCGUCCGAGAGGCUGACACCAUGAAGGUCCUCCUGCUGCUAACAGCUGUCAUCAUGGCCUUUGGCCCAAUACAGAUCCAAGGGAGCCUUGCAGAGUUUAGACAAAUGAUCUUACUUAAGACGGGAAAGAGAGCUGAGACCAGCUAUGCCUUCUACGGUUGCCACUGUGGCGUGGGUGGCAGGGGAUCCCCCAAGGAUGCGACAGAUCGGUGCUGUGUUGCUCACGACUGUUGCUACGACCGGCUGCAGAAACAUAAUUGCGGCACAAAAUUUCUGACCUACAAGUUCUCCUACCGAGGGGGCAAAAUCACCUGCUCCGCCAACCAGAACUCCUGUAGGAAACAGCUGUGCCAAUGUGACAAAGCUGCAGUUGAAUGUUUCCACCGGAACCGGAAAAGCUACAGCUUAAAGUAUCAAUUGUAUCCCAACAAGUUUUGUAGUGGAAAGUCGCCAAAGUGCUGAGGGAGCAGCCUUGUUCAACAUCUGGACACGUUGUCUCCUCUAGCACCCCUUCCCAGACAAACCAAGUCCCCCCAGUGAUAAACACCCCUCUCCCACCCUAGAGGCUGAGUGGGGGCCCUUCUGUACUCAUUCAGAAUGAGACACCAAAGCCUGGUGUGUUAGACUGAUCUGUCCCUAUCACUCAUCUACCUUGAACGGGUAGAUUGUUGGCUUCCAGCUUCCCCUUUGCGUGCAACUUCCUGCCUUGCAGUACCAGAGAGACCCCUGGGAGGCUCUUACAAAUAAAGUACUUCAUUAUCAA